AUGGCGGAUGCGGUCCAGAAGGAGCUGGGCCUGGAGGUGGACUGGCCCGGUCUCAAGACCGCGCUCCUGACCGCCACCACCAGGCUCCACGACAAGCUCGCCGUGCUCAAGAUCCUCGACAGCACAUCACCACACUGGCCGGGCGUGGUCGAGUGCAACGAGAGCGUCCGGGUCAAGGCCAGCGACAUCGUCGACUGGGGCUUCACCCAGGCCAACACCAUCCCGCCGCUCAAGGCGCAGAUUCUGAAGCUCGACAAGGAGCUCAAGCUCGCCAGGUCGGAGAUCAGCGAGCUAAACGGCGUGGUGGAAUCCAACGCCGCGGAGAUCGAGGGUCUGAAGGAGGAUCUCGCGGUGAACAUCGCGGGUUACGACGCGGAGAAGGCGGAGAAGGAGGAGCGCAUUCGGGAGCGGGACGAGGCCAACGAGCAGCUCGAGUUCCUCGAGGGAGAGCUCGAGGGCGUCCGCGCCGAGGAGACGCGGCUGCGCGCGGAGGUUAAGAGCCAGGGCGAGGAGCUUCGCGACGUGACCAAGAACAGGGACGACCUGGACGACGAGGUGCGCAGGCUCAAGGACCUCAGCAACGCGAGGGAGAUCGAAGCGAGCAAGCUCCGAGCGCAGCUCUCGGACCUGCGACAGCAGCACGCGGUGGCGCUCUCGGACGCGCAGAGGUACAUGGCCGAGGCGGAUAGGUCCAGGGAGCGCGUGGGCACCGCAUCCGCGAAAGCCUCCGCCGCGAUCGAGGAGGCGGCGAAGCUUCGCAAGUGGCAGGAUUGGGCGAAGGCGUCGGAGGUGACGGCGCUGACGGGUGAGCUGGAGGUGGUACGACAGGAGCGAGACAUGCUGCAGCGAGACCUGCAGGCGAGGCUGGCGGAGAUGCGACGCGUGACGACGCAGAACGAGGAGCACGUGAAGGAUCUCAAGGCGUGCAGGGCGGACCUGUUCGCGCGAGAGGGCCGGUUGGGGCGGGUCGAGGCGGAGCUAGCCGCGUUGCAGAGGUCGGCGCAGCAGGUGGAAGUGGACCUCACCGUCGCGAAAGAACAGUUGGAGCGAAGAAAAGAAGAACUCGCCAAGGCGAGCAUGGACAACGUCAAGCUGCGCGGGCAGUUUGAGAGCGAGAAGCUCAGGUGGCAGAACACCGUCAACACCAUACGCGCGACGCAGCAGACGGAGGAGGAGAAGACGCGCAAUCAGCACGCCAGGGAGAUGGAGGCUAGCCGAAGGGACGCGCAGGCCGCCUGGCGGCUCGCCAAGGAGCUCGAGCAGCGGGUGCUGCAGCAGGCGCAGCUCUUCGCGAACAACAGGGCGUCGCUGUCCAGCGCGAUGAACGACGCGAGGAAGAUCAUGGCCGACGUGGCUCCCAACUCGCCGUUAAUCGCCGGCAGACCAGUCGCGAGCAAGGACAGGAUGGAGGCGCUCCAGGCGCAGCUCGCCUCGACGACGCUGGAGCGGGACGCGCUCAAACGAGAGGUCGUGGCGCAGCGGACGCCCACGGUCGUGGAGGCGCAGCCCGCGGCGAUCGCCGCGGCGCCGGCGGUUCGACCCAACGCCGCGGCGGCUGCGGUGACGGCGACGGCGGUACGGAAAUUCCAAAAAGCCGGUCAGUCGUAG